UUUGGACACAGUGAGCGUAGGUUGGAGAUUGUGCCACAUAAAUAUUUGUGAAACAUUUGUGCUUGUAGGCACUGGACAGAUUUAUCAGGUAUGGAAAAGUAUUAAUUAAUGUUUACAUCAUUCCUAAAAAUAUAGUAUUAAUAAUCUAUUUAUAAAAAUGUUACGCUUUAACGGAAAGUACAAAAACGGCAUACACCACUUACAACCGAAAAAAUGCGAAAAUCAAAACAUUGUGAUAAGUGAAUGGAGGUUAGGUCUCUGUGGCCUUAUUAUAUCUUUGAUUAUUUUGACCUCGAAAAUUUUAUACGCGAACCAUGAGAGUCUUCGAAGCAUGUUGUUCGAGAAACGAUUCGUAACGUACGAAACUAUAGUAACGGACGGCGAGGUGGUAGUGCGCCAUGCGUGGGUAACCGCAUUGAGGUAUAGCUGGUUUUGGUUCCCGAUAGUUUGCGGAAGUUUGGCCACUUGGUUCACCGGUUUAAUGGUUUACAUUGACUCGAGCGUACCGGGUAUACAACCACCAAGUCCGAUUUCGCCUUCCAAAUAUAAGGCGCAGUCCGGUCACAUGUUUCAUUUGAAUUACGUGUUCGCCGUAGUUGUCGGAUUUUUGGUGAGCGGAUAUAUGUUUAUCCGCGGAUUCAGUUUGGAAAUUUAGAUCUGCAGAUGUUUUAACAAGUAUUAAAUUGGUAUAAUAGUCAUUUUUUCAUUGCACUGUAUUUAAGGUUCAUUUUUAUACUGGUUUUAUUUAUUUUAAAUUUAAAUUAGGGUAGGUGAAAGGGCAGUUGGUUGAUUUUAAUUUAUUGAUAUAUUUUUAAGUUGGUGACUCUUGUGUGAGAUCUGAGAAUCAGUUUUAUUAUAUUAACAUUGGCAACUUUACCUAUAAGGCAAGUUUUUAGAUUUAUCCUACGACCUAUGUAGAAUAUGAUUAAUAAAAGCUUUCAGUAUUAAA